AUGCAUUUUCAUUCAACAUUGUCGUACCUUGGGCUUUUUGCUUCGUCGGUCACAGCCAGGGCCAUUGUAACUCCCCCAGAAACAGUGCCUAAACCGCCGUUCUUUGCUCUAGCCGGCGACUCAACCACGGCGCCGCAGUCGGAAAACGGAGGUGGCUGGGGCGCCGGCUUCAUCAACACGACUCUGCACGCCGGGGCGGCGGCAAAGAAUUUUGGCCACAACGGCGCGACAACGGUGUCGUUCCGCGAGGGGGGGGACUGGGCCAAUGUUCUCGCCACUGCAAAAGCUGCGAGCAACGACUUCGAGGUAUACGUGACAUGUCAGUUUGGACAUAACGACCAGAAACCGGCCAACAACAUCUCGAUUGAACAGUACUCAGCCAACCUUGCCAGGUUUGUUCACGACUUGCUGGAUAUAGAGGCGUGGCCUGUCUUGGUGACUCCGCUCAGCAGACGCAACUUCGACUCGGACGGCCGCGUCAAGGAGGACCUGGCGGCUAUGGCGGCUGCAACAAUAAAGGUGGCAAGUCAGACUGGUGCGCAAGUUAUCGAUCUCAAUGCAGCAAGCACAAAGUACCUAAAUGCCAUUGGGCCUGACAAAGCGCAUACAUACAACCUGGCGCCUUCGGACAAUACCCAUCUCAACAAUGGAGGAAGCAUUGUCUUUGGCAAUCUGAUGGCACUACUUAUGAACAAGGAGCUGAUACAGUUGAGCACAGAGUAUGUGUCGCCUAUCAAAGAUAUUGCGGAUAAGUUGGAGAAGGGCGAGUAUGUGUUCGCGUAUGUGUAG